AUGAGCUCGAGCUUGACCGAUUUCCAUCUAAGUUGCAAGAAGGAGUUCAAUGUGCUUGUAAGAUCUUUCAACAUAUUGUUCUAUGGAUACGGCUCGAAAAAGUCAUUGCUGAAGAAAAUGUUUCCAACUGCAAUCUACGUCAACUGCAGGAUCAUGAGCCGGCACGAAAUCCUUUCGGAAAUAAUGGACGCUGUGAGGCGUAGGUCCAGGCUGGAGGGCCUGAAGGCCUCUAAGACAUUGACGAUAAAGGAUAUAGACGAGGCCAUAGGCACCAGAAGAGAGAAGUACAAGCUCAUCAUGGCAAACUUCGACUUUGGAAUGGUGGAGUUCUCUGGAUUGAGGAACUUUGCAAUCCUAGGAACCAUUGAGGAGGUUGACAUAAGAUUUAGUCUUGAGGAUGUUGAGAGGUUCAACUUUAUUUUCAGGGAUCUCACCACCUUCGAUCCAUACGAAGAGGAGACAAUAGGAAUACAUCUCGGGGGAACGAAGGUAGAGGCAUCGUUCAGGGUUGUCAGGAGCGUUCCAAAAGGCUCCAGGGCUGUGCUGAAGGAGAUCCUGCAAUGCAAUGCAGACACAAUGAGCCUCAGCGACCUGUUUGAAAGGGUAAAAAGAAAGCUGUUUCUCACAUCAAAGACAUCUAUUCUUUCGAUGAUCAGUGAGUUUAUUGACCAUGGGCUUCUAAAGAUUAAAAACGGAACGGAGGUUGUUGUCUGCAUGUCUCCCACAGAGAAAAGGGAAAUAGCAAAAGAACUGGAUCAUCUGUAA